AUGGUUUUGGCAUCGGCUUUGCUCGAGAUACUCCGGAGGCCCACUUCCGGGUUUGAUGUGAUGAUGGAGCUGAUGAUGUUUGCCGUCCCUCUGUGGAUUGCCGUUGUGAUUGGGGUGUUGGUUGGUUGGUCAUGGAAGCCCAGGUGGGCUGCUGCUCAUUUCGAUGCUAAAGACGACCAACACCGUAAUAAUCACUCCAAUUCCGAAACCACCCUCUUCCAGCAGUUUUCCGAUUCCAUUCCAAGCUUCAGUUCACUGAAAUUUCAGUUGCCCGCUUUCAAUUUCGCCGGUGGGGUUUCUGAUAGUUCGAGUGACAAGGUGGAUUCCGGUUCUCCUUCCAGCUCAUCAAAUGUUGAAAGUUCGAGUCUUUUGGAUGAGCGCGACCUGAAGCACAUACGCCGACUAACUGAGGAGACAGACGGUGGCCCUGUUUGGAUUCAAAUGAUGAACCGAUCAACCAAUAAUAUGAGCUACCAAGCUUGGCGCCGAGAUCCUGAGACUGGACCUCCACAGUAUCGUAGCAGGACUGUAUAUGAGAAUGCUACUCCUGAAAUUGUGAGGGACUUUUUCUGGGAUGACGAGUUUAGGUUAAAGUGGGAUGAUAUGCUUUUACAUGCGGAAACUCUUGAAGAAUCUUCCGCCACUGGUACUAUGGUGGUUCAGUGGGUGCGCAAGUUCCCAUUCUUCUGUAGUGACAGAGAGUAUAUCAUAGGAAGGAGGAUAUGGAAAUCAGGCGACGCAUACUAUUGUGUGACCAAGGGUGUGCCAUACGCUGCUGUUCCUCGCCGUCAGAAACCAAGACGUGUCGAUUUGUACUAUUCCAGCUGGUGCAUUCGUCCAGUUGAAUCCAGCAAAGAUGGCCGACUGACUGCAUGCGAGGUUUUGCUCUUUCAUCACGAAGACAUGGGUAUUCCUUGGGAGAUUGCAAAGCUUGGUGUGCGGCAAGGCAUGUGGGGGGCUGUCAAAAAAAUCGACCCUGGCUUACGUGCAUACCAGAACUAUAGAUCAUCCGGGGCAACUCUUUCCCCAUCAGCCGUCAUGGCUCAAGUCAACACAAAAGUUAGUCCAGAUUACCUGAAGUUGUUGGAAAGCUCAAGCGAUGAUGCAGCAUCAUCAGAGAUUGAUGGAACCCUAAGUCCACCGGAAAAGCCAUCAUUCAGGGGGAACAUACCAAGGUACUUGGUUGUUGGUGGUGCAGUUGCCCUAGCUUGCACCCUCGACCAUGGUCUUUUGACAAAAGCGGUCAUCUUUGGAGUCGCCCGGAGGUUCGCAAACAUGGGUAAACAACGGUUAUGA